AUGUAUGCAAGCCGCGCCAAGGCUCAACAGAAACAAAAUCAGAAAGAAGCUAGGCAAGACCGAAAUGAUAGAGACGAGAGGUCCUCCCAGAAACCCGCGAAAGACCAAGGUGGCAGGAACCGGGGCAGUUACAUGAGCCGUCCACUCGAGAGAGCGGAAGGGAUGUCGGUGUCUACCUGGCCAGAUAUCUCGCACUUGUCUGUAUCCCAACCGGAGCUAAUCAACCCCCUAAGGCAGAUGGGUCAACAGGUUAAAUGGCCCUCGAAGAUGAGGGCACCCGAUUCUUUCCGGAACCACGACCUCUGGUGUGAGUUCCACCGUGACCAUGGUCACAAGACGGAGGACUACAUCGCAUUAAAGAUCGAAGUCAACGAGCACCUCCAAAAGGGAUAUCUCCGGGAAUUCCUCUCAAAAAAGGCGAAGAACCUCCUAAGCAAGGAGACACCCAGGAAAUCUGCUGAAACCAAGCCCGCGUCACCACCUCGCCAAGACCGAGCAAUCCAUGUCAUAUCCGGAGGUUCAGAGAUAAGCGGCAUAAGCCAUGCAGCUGCAAAGAAGAGCACUCGAAACGCCAAACAUGUAUCUCUUACCGUAGCCAACUGCUUGGUAAAGAGGAUCCUAGUAGAUAACGGAAGCUCCAACAACAUCAUAUUCCAGACCGCCUAUCAGGACCUGGGGUUGGAUGAAAUUGCAUUAACUAGAAAAACAACCCCACUCGUGGGAUUCAGCAGAGAGGUGAAGGAAACCACCGGUGAAGUGGUUCUUCCAGUCUAUCCUGAAGGAAUCAACAUGUCAACUAAGUUCCUCCUCGUCGACUGCCAAUCAUCCUACAACAUGAUCUUUGGAAGACCAUGGAUCCAUGAUAUGGGAGCUGUCCCCUCAACACUCCAUCAAAUGGUGAAGUUCCCUACUCCCUGGGGCAUCAAGGCCGUCAGGGGUGAUCAAGAAAAUUCUUGA